GAACAAAGAAAUAAAAAAGAAGAAGAUUUUAGACAGAAAUUAUAAGAAAUUCCAUAAAUAUAAUAAUAAUACUUUAAAAAUUUACUAGAACACUGUAUAAACUACAUACUUGCAAAUAAUCAAAAUGAAUGUGUUAAUAUAUUUUUUUUUACUAACGGAAUUUGUACUUUUGGUAUCACCUUCAUCAAAAUGGAUAUUAGAAUUAGGAGAUAAUUUCAUUGAUAUUAGAAAAGAUGGUGGUUAUUGGUUGGUUAAAUUUUAUACACCUUGGUGUGGUCAUUGUAAAAGGCUUGAUCCUGUGUGGGCUCAUGUUGUACAAGCACUCAAAAAUACUCACAUUAGAGUUGGAAAGGUUGACUGCUCAGUAUUUCCCAAUGUUGGAAGAGCUUUCGACGUCACAAUGUAUCCUACCAUUAAACUCAUUAAACCUGAAGAAGAUUUCACUUUUGAAGGAGAAAAAGCAACUGAAGAGAUAAUUAAUUUUGCUAUUAGAUUAGCUGGACCUCCAGUGCAACAAGUAACCCGCACCGAAAGUUUGACAAACAUAAAAAACAUGAAUCAGCUAUUUUUCAUGUACGUUGGUGAAAGAGAAGGGCUAUUAUGGAAUACAUUUUAUAACUUGGCUUCUAAAUUUCAAGCUCAUGCUUUUUAUUAUUCUGCUAGUGAAGAAAUUGCUAAGAAUCAUGUUGACAUACACAAGCUACCAGCAGUAUUUGUCCACAAAGAAAACUCUCAUUAUUUCUACUCUGUCGGAGAAGGUAACGAUGUAGUUGACGCUGAUUACAUAAACGCCUCCAUGCACAAGUGGAUAAACGAAGAACGUUUUGAGACGUUUCCAAAAUUAACUGAAACAAAUAUAAAUGAAAUUCUUCAUACUCGAAAAUAUAUUGUACUCGUCAUAGUUGAAGAAAAUAAAUUGUUACAAAUACCAAAGGAAAUGAUUGAUUUCAAAAAUACUGUUGAGUCUUUAGCUAGAACGAAAAGACAUAAAUAUCACAAUCACUUUCAAUUUGGUUGGAGCAAUAGUCACGAUCUCGCUAAUAAUAUAGCAAUGCAAAUAGUUCCCCUGCCGUAUUUAUUAGUGUUGAAUUCGACGACUCUACAUCACUAUGUUCCUGAAGAUGAUCCCACUGAAAUGACAGCCGAUGCUAUAGAAUUGUUUUUGGAAAGGAUUUUAAAUCAGACUGCACCAGUUUAUGGCGGCAACGAUUUGGCUGUAAGAUUGUACAGAGCAUAUUUCAAGUCAAGGACUACUCUUUCUGAAAGAUGGAGAGGAAAUCCAGCUUUGACAACUGUUUUACUGGGACUACCUCUUGGGUUCUUCUCAUUUAUAGUGUAUUCCUGUUGCUGCGCUAAUAUUUUAGAUGCCGACGAAGACGAAGAGGAAGAGCUUCUUCAUGAGAAGAAAGACUAAUUCAAAUAUAUUUAUACCUACAUAAAUAAACAUCUAAUUUAUCCAGUAAGAAACAGAUGGAACCAACAUUGCAUAUGAAUGUAGGUAAUUGAUUAAAGGAAAUCAACAUUGUUAUGUAUGAUAUAAUUCAGGAUACAGAAAAGGAUCGUAACGAAUAUUAUACAAGAUCUAGAAGAUACAAAGAGCCAUUUAAUUGAUAUUUUCAUUUGCAUUUUCAAACAGCUACAUUCCAAUUAUAGAGAAUGUCUCAUACAUAAUAUUGGUUCUCAAUUUUCACUUUGUUUAUUAAAUAAUUAUACAAAAAGAAAAUUUGAUAUUCGAAGCAUAGCCCAUCGUAUUCUAUAGUUGCAACUCAACGUUCAGUAAACCUUUGAGACCUUGGUAAAACCAUUCUUUGAGUGAGUUUAGGUGUAAAAAAUUGUUAUUCAAGUUUUUUCCACACAACAAUUUCGCCAUGGAAAUGGAUCUGAUGUUGUAGGAGUUCAAUACUAUUAAGUUCUUUGAUUUUUUUUAUAAUGUACCUGAUUUUUUUGUGAUAUAUCUGCCAAAUGUUUUUGUAUUUAUUUAUUUAUAUUGUUAUGUGUAUAUUUUAUUAGUUUCUCUUGAAAUGUAAAAAUAAAUUGUAAAUUGAA